AUGCACCUGUCAGUGACGGCAACGUUUACUUCAGGCUUUCAAACAAUCAAGAGGGUACGUCGUUUAUCUUCCGAAUCUCGGGCUCAGCCAUUGAAGACCCAAGGGAAAACGCUGAUGAGUACGAGUACAAUAACUACGACCAGACUGACUAUGACGGAGACGAGAGAAAACCGCCACCAGACUGUCCAGUCGAUCCGUACAGUGAUAGAUGUCCGGAAGGAUGCAACAUUCUCACUGAUGAACGCAUGUGUUCUCGUUGUAUAUGUGCAGAGCCGCAACCAGAGGACGGAGCGGAAGAAAACCAGGUGCCGGAGAUUAGGGAACCCCUUCCUCCAUUACCACGUGGAGGACCAUCUGAUGGCCAACGAUCGCCGAGCUCUGCCCAGACUGAUGGACGACAAAGUGUUCCGCGGGAAGAAGAGAGACGAGAACCGGAAAGGGGACAGGAUGGAAGGUGCUGAACGAGAGCCAGAGCGAGAGCAAGAACGACAACAAGAGCCGGAACGCGAACAGGAGAGGCAGGUGGAGCCUCCAAGAGAGCAUCACGAUCACCGCCAUGCAGGCCAUCCUGAACAGGGCGAAAGUACGGAGUCGGCUAUCACUUGUGCAGCGGCUGGCACAGCGGCCUGUCAUGAGAAUGGUGUGUGUAGGUACGUGCUGUUACUUAUGUGCAUGAAAAUCUUUCUGUGGAGAUCUUCAUAUACAUUUUAUUUUUAA